AUGUCUUCAAGUGAGAUCGCAACUCGUGGUGGUUUUGGCAAAUUUGAUCGGGGACGUGGUGGAGGAGGGAGAGGAUUUCAGGGAAGAGGAAGAGGUCGAGGUGGUGGUUUUUCACCAAGAGGUGGCGGUUUUUCACCAAGAGGUGGUCGAGGGGGAGGAUUUCGUGGAAGAGGUAGUGGCGAUAUGUCACCUCGAGGUCGUGGGGGAUUCAGUCCUCGAGGUAGGGGAGGAGGCUUCCAGAGAGGCAAUGGUAAACCGUUUCGCGGUGGAUUUGGUAAUAGAGGUGGUCGUGGCGAUCGUGACAAUGGUGCUUUCAAUCGAUCUGCAGAUGGAAAAACAUUCGAUAGCAGCAAUAAAAGGGGACGUUUUGGUGGGUCGUGGUCAGAAGGUGCGAAGAAGAAGCAGCAGCAGCAGCCAGAAAUGACUUCGAAACAAAUGAACGAACGAAGAAAGAAAAUCAAUGAUGACGAAGAAGAAAGUGAUAAUAGUGGUAGCAGCAACGGCGUAGAGGUUGUGAAGAAGACAGGUGCGCCCUCAACAGCGGAUACGACAAAAGAUAUAGAUAUGAUGAAGAAACCGUUGAAGAGGAAAGUAAUGGGUAAAUCAAAAAGUGAUAAUGCUGAUAUUAAAGGGAAACUGGCGAUGAAAAACAAAUUGAAAAAUAAGCAGCAAGAAAAGAAAACCGGAAAACAACAAGAGAGUAGUGAUGAUGAUGACGAUGAUGAUGAAGAGAUGAGUGAAGAAACGUCGUCAGAUGAGAACGAAGAACAAAACGAGGAAGAUGAUGAAAUGGUGAUGGCUGGAACAAUAAAGCAACGAAAAAAGGAAGUUACUAGCGGUGUUAUGAAUGGCGGUGUUAAAGCAAAAAAACCUAGAUUGGUAGCAGAUGAAGUUGAGGAUGAGGAAGAAGAUAGUGAUGGUGAAGAGGAUGAAGAUGAGGAGGAAGAGGAGGAGGAUGAAGACGAUGAGGAAGAUGAAGAAGAAGAGGAGGAAGAUGAAAAGGAACAAAUGGUGAAUCUUCAAGCCAAAUCUGUAGCCAAAACACCAACAAAAACAGGGAUAUCAAACGCAGUGAAAAGUGCUCUGAAAACACCAGGCACCAAAUCGGGUAAAAAGGUAAGCAUCGUUAGUGAUGGCGCGUCGUCAGUGAGCGAUGGAGUUGCCGCAGGAGGGGCGGCAAGUGCUUCAAAAGCUAAAACACCGCUCACACCUUACCCAGGCAAAAAACCUGGUUCAUUGGCUAAAAUUGGUGAAAGUGGAGCAGAGCGAAAAGGCACUCAGUUGAAGCAAGUGAAACAAAAACUGAAAUUUGAUGAGGAGGAUAGUGAAGAGGAAGAUGAAGAUGAGGAGGACGAGGAGGAGGACGAAGAAGAGGAUGAGGAGGAUGAAGACGAAGAAGAAGAGGACGAAGAAGAAGAAGAAACGGAGAAUGUCAUCGACCAGAAAAAAGCUGUAAAAAACGUUGUCACUAAAACAAAAGCAUCAACAGUUGAUCCAGAGAACCUGAAACGGAAAGCUGAUGGACCAGUACAAAUUUCAGCUUCUGGAGCAACACCAUCCAAAACUAUCAAGCUGAGUGCCACGCAAAAGGAAUUACUGAACGAAGAGGAGCGUCGACGAGAAGAUCGUGAUCGUAAGUCGUUGUUUGUCCGUGGCUUUAGUCAUGGCACAACUGCAGCCGAUCUGAAGACACUCCAUAGCGACAUUGUAGCUGUACGACACUUACCGAAUAGAUCGUUUGCCUGGUUGAUGUUCGCGACUGAAGAGCAUUGUGAUAAGGCUUAUGAAAAGAUUUGCAAAGAAACGGUAAAAGGGAAACGACUCGAAGUGGACUUCUGUGGUUCGAAAUCGAAGAGUACUGGCCAGCGCGUCGUAGCAGCAAGAGAAAAACAAAAGUUUACAAAGGAAGCGAUUAAUCCGUUAGAACUGUAUUUAAGAGGUUAUCCACCAUCAACCUCUAAAGAUCAAAUCAAAAUACUUUUCCGUAGCGCUACUUCAAUCACGUUCCCACCACCCGCAAAGGCCAAAAAUAAGCCGUUUUGUUUCGUGAAAUUCGACAAUGAAAAAGAUGCAAAAGCGGCGUUCGAGAAAGGGCGAACACUUCAGAUUGGUGGUGCACCGGUGAUGGAAGGUGGAGCUGCAAAGGAAAAAGAAGCAAUCACAAAGACAGCAACCGUUAGCAAUGCUACGGCUAAUAGUGAUAAGAAGAAGACAACAAAAGUAGUCAAUGGUGCACAGAAGUCUUCAGAACAGUCGAAACAAGUGCAGCAGCGAAAAACAGCAGCCUUAAAGGCAAGCAGUGGAGAUUCAGAUUCCGAAGAGAUCGAGUCAUCGGACGAAGGUAUCGAGGAGGUGCACGAGUCACCAUCAGCGAAGAAGCAGAAGCACGAGGAAGAGGAGGAGGAUGAUGACGAAGAGGAAGAUGACGAGGAAGAAGAAGAAGACGAUGAGGAGGAGGAGGAUGAUGAUGAG